AACAGAGAUAGAGAAAUGUUCUAUGUUUAUUGCUUUCUGCAAUGAAUCUAAGUUUCUCCACUUUUGCUGGAAUUUGCUCUUCACCACAGAUCACAAAGAAACAUAUAAACAUAUGCAAGAAAUAGCUUAACAGGCAAAUAUAUAUAUUCUUUUAUAGAAGAGUAAAGGCCGAGAUCUUUUUCAAAGUUCACAUAAAUGCUUAGUUGAUAUCAGAUUUUUUUGGGUCUAGGGAUUGGUUUUUUUUUUUAUGUAGUAAACUAAAUAUCUAACAUGCAGUAAAUUAUGCACUUUGUUCAUAAUUUUCAAGUAAAAAAGAUCUGUUACAGGUAUUAAUAAUCACAAUAUAUUUCUAAGUAUUCAUCACCGGCUCUAAUUAAUAGUGUUCUAAUCAUGGAUGUGUAUAGGUGGAUUGCUGUCUGUCUAGCAAGACCAUCGCUUAGCCUCUUGAGAAGUUCUCCGCUGUUAGUCUCGGCGGACCUGAACAAAGAAUGUGACUAAACCGGAAGCUUUGUAGUAUCAUGCCUCGUUUUAGUAAACUGGAACAACAACAAAAUCCUCUGCCAGCAGUCCAGUAAUACAAGUCUGUACGUGGUUGUAAUGAAAACGAAGCUGCACCUGACAGGCCGAGUUGCUUUGUUCUCCAGCGAUAGAUGGACUGUAAAACAGCUAAUGAGCAAAAGAAACAUCGACUUCAUGCAUGCUGGUAUUCAGCGGUAUUCCCGACGCCUCCGACAUUGUGUACUUUCAGGAACACAGCACUCUGCAGUCUUUCAAAAUGUUGAAAAACUUGUUACGAUCUCGGAGUACCACGUCAAGCAGAUGCAGGAAAACUCUCCAUCUGUGUGGUCGUUGUCCGACGAUGAUUCUCAGUCGAGUGGAAGUAGCCAUUUUGCAACAUCAAUUGCUCUGAUCUAUCAGUCUAAAGUGCAGAUGCUUUGUCAAGCACAUGAAACGUAUGCUUUGGCUUUACGUGAAGCCAAUCGAGUCCUGUCAGAAUUACAGCACAACCAUGACUUUGUGCGAUUUGUGAAGGAACCAGCACUGGAGCCUGGGCAACCUAGCAUCAGUGCAUUUAUCUUCAAGUCUCUACAGGUAUAUUAG